AUGCUAAUCUUCAACCAUUCCAGCAUCCCAAACUUCACUUUGAUGGGCAUACCAGGCUUAGAGUCACAGCACUUGUGGUUAUUUAUUCCUUUCUCCUCCAUGUUCUUGGCUGUCCUCAUUGUCAAUGGUGCUAUUCUCUUUCUGGUGGCCACAGAGCCCACAUUUCACAUCCCAAUGUACCUGCUCCUGGCCUUGCUGAUGGUAGCUGACCUCAUAUCUACUCUGGCUCUAUUGCCCAAGUUCCUUUGCCUCUUCUGGUUCAAUGAUGGGGAUAUAGCUGCCAAUGCCUGUUUCACCCAGAUGUUUUUCAUCCAUGGAACAUCUGUGGUAUGAUCAGCCUUACUUGUCGCAAUGGCCUUUGACCGCUUUGUGGCUGUAUGUGAGCCGUUAUGCUACAACACAAUUCUGAGCCAUUCCUUAGUUGGAUGCCUGGGACUGAUGGCUCGCAAGGGUGUGAUUCUUAUCCUACCCAUGCCACUUCUACUUCAAAGGUUGACAUUCUGCCACAUGGUCAUUCCUCAUACCUACUGUGACCACAUGGCUUUGGUGAAAAUGGCUUGUAACCAUACCAGACCUAACCAUAUCUAUGGGCUCUUUGUGAUUCUGCUAGUGGUGGGACUUGAUCUGCUGCUCAUUGGCUUCUCUUAUGGCUUCAUUCUUCAGGCUGUGGUAUGUCUCAAUUCUCAAGAUGCUACCUAUAAAGCUCUCAACACCUGUUCAGCUCACCUCUUUGUCAUUCUUGUCACUUAUAUUCCUGCACUCUUUUCAUCUCUCAUGCACCGCAUUGGUCACAAUAUCCCACCUCAUGCUCGUGUUCUCCUUGCCAAUCUCUACCUUCUUCUACCCUCAGUGCUCAACCCCAUCAUCUAUGGUAUAAAAAUGAAGGAAAUAUGGCACAAGGUGACCAAAUGCCUUUGCAGAGGACCUGCAUAG